ACACCGAUCGGAUGCAGUCGCAGCCGACCUGGAUCCUGCGGCACCAUUCUCCCGAUUCUAUCCAUUCGCUUCGAGCUAUUAAGACGCAGGAUGAGGGCGCCUUUGUCCUGGCAGGCGACGCGUCCGGGCGCGUCUCGCUGACGUCGCUAGAAGACUAUCGUCCGCGAUGCUUCUGGAGCCCACACACCAAGUCCAUCUUGGGCAUUGAUGUCGUCCAGGGUCAGCAGGGCAAGAGCGCCUGUGUGAUCAGCCAAGGUCGCGACAACAAGCUCCUGGCAUCGCUCCUCCCUUCCCCAUCGUUAGCACCAUCCGGCGCCGCCGUCCUACCCUCUCGGAUCCAGUCAGACCUGCCCGUCCCCAUGCUCCUCGACAGUCUGGACAUCAAUGCGCUCAACUUCUGUCCGUUUGCCUGCGUACCAGCGCGUGAUGGAAGGAACGGGGGCUACCUCGUGGCUGUGCCGCAUACAGUCGAUUCCGCCUUUGUUGAUCUGUACAGCCUCCCAAGCAAGCAGAGAGUCGUUCGGGCCUUGGGCAAAGCCGACAUCGAGUCCGAGCGUAGCGCAUUGGGCCAUCGAAAGGGCAUUGUCAUGUCCAUGUCUUUGCACCGGACAAAGGACAAGCUGAGGCUUGUGGCUGGGUAUGAGGAUGGCUAUGUGAAGUCAUGGGCCAUCGAUGAAAAGGCAGAGGAAAAGGAGUGGAGCUGGGACCUUCUUUGGUCCGAGCGCAAGCACAUCGAGUCUGUUCUCGCUCUUGCCGUUUCGGCCGAUCAUACAUUUGCUGUCUCGGUCGGCGCAGACGACCGAUUAGUGCGCUACGAGCUCGUAGACGGUCGGAGUACCGUCAUCAAAUGCAAGUCUUCCGGCCACGCCAGCGUUGUUGUGCGGCAAGAUGGCUGUCUGGUGGCUGUAGGAGGAUGGGACGGGCGAAUACGGCUCUACGACGCUGCGCUCGAGCUGAAGGACACGCUGCGAUACCAUAAAGACACAGUGCAGGUGCUGGCGUUCCUUGAGGCUAGGAAAGACCUUCGCAUCUUCCAUCGUGGGCAACAGGAUGACUCAGACGACGACGAAGAUCAAGAGAGCUCACACCGUUACGAUGCUGGUCUCCUCGUGAGCGGCGGCAAAGAUGGCCGCGUCUGCCUGUGGAAGACGUUGUGAAACGGUCACAGCGAUUGUUUGUACUUGUAAUCAAUUCACAAGACGGUAUGCUCCUCCAGCAAAACAUGUCGCACCGAAGAGAACCAGCAAGAAACCUCUUGCUCUCAAUGAAGCGCUUCUUGGAGCUCUUGAGGCAAAGGCACCGGCGAGAUACGCUUCACGAAAGGAGUACGCGCCAAGCGCCGAAAGAGUGGCAGUACCUGUCAAUCGACAGGCAAGGCAAUCAUUGUCUGGAGUCUCGUGCGCCUCGACAGCUGAUC